AUGAGAACUACAGAUCUAACUUCAGCUAUAUUUUUAACUGAUACUCACAGAGAGAUUGAAGCAAAGGUUAAUAUUUAAUUAAAUGUAUUUAUAUCUAAAAGCAUGCUUAUUCUGGAGCUGGUAUAGAUUACUUUAAUAUUCAUUAGACUGUCGAACAAAAAAGAACAUUAAGUUAAAGGUGCUGAACUUAGUUUGGAUGUCCCACGUCGUCUUCUAAGAUUUUUCCUUGAUGAUGAUACUUGGCUUGAGGAUAUCCGAGUUCAAUAUGGAAAGGGUGUCAUAAUGAGGAGUGAAAUCAAGAAAUAAUUAAUUACAGUGAUUACUGAAAUAGUAAAGAACACUAAUAGAUACGAG